AUGGCUUCUUCGUACGACAAAGGUUACCGCCAAGCUGGUAGAGGAGAAACAAAAGGUGACCUCCAUUGCCCGGCCCGCAAUAGCACACGUUACCUUACUCGCCAGACAUACCUCUUUGGGCACAGCAUACCGAUUUGCGAAUUCCUACAGCUGUGGUCAAGCCCUCCGUUCAAGAAUAUGUCGCAGGAUGUGGUUCAGCUCCAUGCAGCCUCGCGAGCAUUGCUACUGUGCGGAGCGCCCCGUUGCACAAACUCCAUACAUGAUCCAGACGGCCGGGCUGCCGGGCUUGAAGGUCCCCGUCCGGACUUCCAUAUCCAUUGGUUCUCACAAAAUCUUGAAAAAUUUGAUGGGUUUGGUGCUGACGAUAUGGGCCGUUUGGCUGCUCUAGCUGCUCUAGCUGCUGCUUGUACAUCGACCGCAACCCAACAAGCCGAGCGAUCUUCUGCCGCUGAACGAGGGCGGCGGGGCUAUUUAGCGUUCACGAACCCGGGCUUUGUAGCACCCCGCGCCUUCUCCUUGGCCUUGGGACAUCGUCCCGUUUGUCCGUUCUUCCGAGCUACCCAUGAAUUGUCGAAUGCCGGACUCGAGGUGUUACCGCUCUGA